AUGCGUUGUGAGGGGAAAUCCCACACCUGGCUUUUCCUGCUGCUUGAGCCGUGUCUGGCGGCUUUCUGCUGCGCCGCGGCCGUGGCGGUUGGCCGAGUUGCCGGAGCCACUAUUCCCGCCUCUGCCACUGCUGGAGGCACCACUGUUGCUGACGCUGCUGCUGUGUCCACUGCCGCUGCUCACCCUGAAGCUGCUGCCGAGACUGCAGCUGCUGCCACUCCUGGGGCCCACGUGGCUCCUUGGCGGCCACGCCGCGGUCGCAGCGCCCCAGCCCCGCUCCGGCUGCUUGGGAGAAGGCUCGCCGCCGCCAUGACAGAGCCGCUCACAUCGGUGGACUACGAGGUUUUCGGGAGAGUGCAGGGUGUUUGCUUCAGAAUGUACACAGAAGGUGAAGCUAAGAAACUGGGACUGGUUGGCUGGGUGAAGAACACCAGCAAAGGCACGGUGACAGGGCAAGUGCAAGGCCCUGAAGAGAAGGUCAAUUCCAUGAAGUCUUGGCUGAGCAAGGUUGGGAGUCCUAGUUCUCGCAUUGACCGGACAGACUUUUCCAAUGAAAAAACCAUCUCUAAAUUGGAAUACUCUAAUUUUAGUAUUCGAUACUAAUGGAAGAAAAGUAAAAAUUGUAAUGCUUACACUGUAGAAAAGACAAUAUAUAUUCUUAAAUUUAUAUUCUAGAACAAUAGUAGUAGAAUAGAAUAAAAAGUGGGAACUUUCUGUACUGAAAACUACAGAAUUAAAGUUACUAAAAAUAUCUGACACUGGAACAAUUUUACUCAACUAUGUUUUAGCAAGCAAAAACAUAAUAUUCUAAAAUAAAAUAUUAUUUCAAGAUAAUUAACAUGAAUAUUCAAGUUAACUUUGUCUUAUGUCCUUGUUAAUUUCAGAGAAUAUAAUGAAGUAUAUGUGAUUUAGCUAGACAUUAAAUGAUAAAAUUAAGCAUAUAAAAAUUAUGUUUGUACCAUUAUCUGUAGUGAAUUUUAAUUCUUUCUGAAUAAUAAUAAUAAAGUUGAGUAAUGUGUUAUUGGAGACUUUCAUAGGACCAGUGUUUAAAAUAAAUGCAUGGUAUAGCCAUUAAGCCAGAAAAUAAUAGCAAGAGUGUUAAGCUUUCAAAUUCUGUUUAAACAUGGUGUGAUACUAAGUUGGAAUACUUAAUAUCUUUGAAUUACAUUGUUCUAUGGAGUGGAUAAUCAGUCUUGGUGAUGACAACUAUAAGAGCUCAUAAUUUCAAUAUAGCAAACAACAAGAUUAUUUUGUGUGUUCAUAUUUGUGGUUUAUGUACAUGUAUACAUGCAUAUUCAUAUGCAUAUGGGUGUGUCUGUGCAGGUAUGUGUGCACAUGUAUGUGCAUGUAUAUGGAGGCCAGAAGUCAACUUUAGUUGCUUCCUCAAUCACUGUACACCUUAUGUUUUGAGACAGCAUUUCUUCCUAAUACCAGAGCUCACUGAUUCAGCUGGACCAGUGAGCCAGCAAGCCCUGGCGGUCCUCCUCUUUCCACCUCUGUAGACCUAGGAUUUCUGUUGUGUACCACCAUGACUACUGACAUUUUAUACAUUGGUUCUGGGGCUCAGAUCUCAGUCCUCAUACUUGUGCAAUAAGUGCUUUAUGGACUGAGCUAUCUCUCCAGCCCCAUGCAGCAAGAUGGUUAUCAACUUCAGUGAUGAUCCUAUACCUUAAAGCACUGAGUCUAAAUAAAUUAUACCAUAAAUUAUUCUAAAGUAGACUAUCACUUGAAGUUCUCCAAAUGUAAAUGAUAGUUGAACAACAGUAUUUUAAGGAGAAGGUCCAUUUUUGUAAUAUAGAAUUAUCAUAUUAAAUAAAGACAACCUAUAAUGGGAAACACUAGAGAAUGUCAAAUGUGGUGGGUAUGUACUUGCAUGUAUAAUUCAGUGACUUCCAAGUUUAUAGCAUUGGAACCCUUCAUUAAAACAGUUUUGAAGCCUAUGGCUAAGGAGGUCAUAAACCCUAAGGGGGAAACUACUACUGUUGCUUGGCUAAAUGAGCAUAUUAUCACUAAAUAAACUGCCCUCUACACACUU